AGUUGCUGAAAAGGGAGGAGGAAUCUUCCUUGAGUGGACAGGAUUUUAGCACCUAGGGCUAAGCCAAUAAACCUCUGCCACCCAGAUCUGACCGGGAACAAGGAGCGGCAGUGUGUCUGGAAAUGCUCCCAGAGCCGGGUAGAGCAGGAGAGACAAAGAGACCAAAUAGAAAGAAGUGUGCUCGCUGGUGGGGGGGGAGAGGCGGAGAGAAGCCCCCCGUGUCUGGUAAUUGCCCGUGCAGCUGGAAGCAGGACGCCGAAAGCAGCAUCCUGCAGGAGAACUGGCUGGAGCGAGCGCCACGCUGGGCCCAAGGCUCUGAAAAGCAAGAUUUCUGGUGUGGGUUAAGCCUGCAUCUCUUGGGGAACCUCAGGGGAGUGUGGGGCAGAAUUUGCUUAAGACCCGAAGAUGCUCUUUCCUCCCAAUUCCAGCAGCUCUCUCGCCAGCCCGGCCGCCCACACCCGGAGUGAUUUGGAUUGAACGUAGGGCUCGCCCAGUGUGUCGCUGAGCCCCUGAGCUCUCCCUUCGCGUCCCAUCUUAGCCAGCCUGACUGCGGCCUGCUCUGGGGACCAUGGAGGGGUCGGUCCAUGGGAGCAGCAUUGCGACUACUCUCCUCUGCGGCUGUCUUCUGAGCUCCGUCUGUGCUUUGGUUGACACGGACGACGUCCUCACCAAGGAAGAGCAGAUUUAUCUGCUGGGUGAAGCGAAGGAGAAAUGUCAAACAAACGUCAAAGCCCAGCUGGAGAAAAUCAAAGAUGCCAGCUGCUUCCCGGAGUGGGACGGAAUUAUCUGCUGGCCCGAGGGCUCCCCAAGCCAAGAGGUGUCGGUCCCGUGCCCAGAGUACAUCUACGACUUCAACCAUAAAGGCCACGCCUACAGACACUGUGAUGCCUAUGGGAAUUGGGAGCUAGCGCUCAACAUCAACAAGACGUGGGCGAACUACACGGAAUGCACCGAGUUUCUCACCCCGGAGCGCCGGAGCCGAGAGAAGGAAGUGUUUGACCGCCUGCACAUGAUGUACACCAUCGGCUACUCCAUCUCCCUGGCCUCCCUCAUUGUUGCCGUGUGCAUCCUCUGCUACUUCAAGCGCCUGCACUGCACACGGAACUACAUCCACAUUCAUCUCUUCGCCUCCUUCAUCUGCCGGGCCGCCAGCAUCUUCGUGAAGGACGUGGUGCUUUACUCCGGCUCGCUGCCCGAGGAGCUGGAGAAGAUGCGAGUGGAUGAUUUAAAGGGCGAGGUGGGCCCCUUUCUGGGACACCGGACCCAGUUGGUGGGCUGCAAGGUGGUUGUGACACUUUUCCUUUAUUUCCUGGCCACCAACCACUACUGGAUUCUGGUGGAGGGACUCUAUCUGCACAGCUUGAUCUUCAUGGCCUUCCUCUCCAACAAGAACUACUCGUGGGCCCUCACCAUCAUCGGCUGGGGUCUCCCUGCUGUAUUUGUGUCUGUUUGGGCCAGUGUCAGGGCCUCCCUGGCGGAUACACAAUGCUGGGACCUCAGCGCUGGGAAAAUGAAGUGGAUUUAUCAAGUCCCUAUCUUAGCAGCCAUUGUGGUGAAUUUCUUCCUCUUCCUCAACAUCGUGAGGGUUCUGGCGUCGAAGCUCUGGGAGACAAACACGGGGAAGCUAGACCCUCGGCAGCAGUACAGGAAGCUGCUGAAGUCCACCCUGGUGCUGAUGCCACUCUUUGGGGUCCAUUACGUGGUGUUCAUGGCAAUGCCCUACACUGAAGUCUCCGGCGUCUUAUGGCAAAUACAGAUGCACUACGAGAUGCUGUUCAACUCCUCCCAGGGUUUCUUUGUGGCUUUUAUCUAUUGCUUUUGCAAUGGAGAGGUGCAGGCGGAGAUUAAGAAAGCCCGUUUCCGGAGGAGCCUGGCGCUGGACUUCAAGCAGAAAACACGAGUCACCAGCACGGGGGGGAGUUGCUAUUAUGGUGGGCUGGUGUCACACACCACCAACAGCGUCAGCAUGAGCAUCGCCGGACGGGGGCCGGCAGGGGCAGGGCUGCAGCAGAGCGCCAAGCACCGGGUCCUGCCGCUGUCCCCACACACCAGCCUGCUGGGAUAUAUCCCGAGCUCCUCUGCUUCCGACAACUCUGUGCCCCCCCCAACCCAAGAGAUUCCCCAGAAGGCCCCUGGGGAGAACGCCAAGGACUUUGUGUGCUUCCCAGACCUGGGUCCAAGUCAUUCCAGCCUGAGCAAAGAGGUGGAGACCAUGCUAUGAAGAGAGCAAGCAUGUCUCCAACCAGACCCUCCAGACGGGUCCGGAAAGAGUUUGUAGUGUCAUGUGGCUGCCAAAAGGACGACUGUAGUUUUGGGCUGGCUACGAACAGGCAUUAUGCCAAGCAGAAUGGUUGCCAUGGUCCCUCUGUCUGCAGCUCUGUUGUGACCGAACCUGGAAUACAAGGUUAACCACACGAAAAUGUGGGUAAAUUGGAUGGUCAAAGAAGAGCAAGAGAAAUGAUCCAAGGACUGGCAGAUGAGAAAAGCUGUGAAGAGCUCAAACUGGACAGCUCAGCUAAGAGGCAACGUGGGGACGGGAAUUUGCUGGAUUGGGGCCAUGGGGCCUAAAGAGGUCGUCCUCUUCUGCACCGUACUUCUAACUUUAGGCACAAGCAGGCCCCUUGAAAUCUGCUGAACUACUGUGAUUUUAAAGGGAUUUAGAUGCUUUGCUGGAUCAGGGCCUUUCAGAGCAAAUGAGCAAAGCUUGGUCAUUCCCCGCCAUGUUGGUUUGCAGCGGAAUGAUUGACAGGGCGGAGGGUAAUCCCAGAACAUUUGGUAGCUAAAUUCCACACUACAAAACUCAAGGCAAGGAGGCAGCAGGCUGUCAGCUCAGGCCCACAAACAAGGGCGGUCAGACGGGUCAGUCUGGUGGAACGCAUGCGGCUUGGACCACCGUGCGUGCCAACGAGCUGUGCCCUGUUUCGCUGCAACCUGGUGGGUGCUUGGGGAGGUCUGUCAGCCGACCCAAGUGAGCAGGGGGUUAUGCUGAACUGUGACCCUCCCUCCCCCAAUUAACAUGCUAGUAAUGGCGAGUGCUGUGGGCGCUGCUCUGGGGGUGGAAGCUCACCGACCUUCUCACCCAGAAACUUUUAUUAAAACCAGGCACCAAACAGUGACUCCUUUGGUGCUUUCUAGGAUGAAGAGGCAGUGUGGUCUAGUCGGCAGGGCACUGCACUGGGAGUGAAGAGAUGUGGUCAUAGUCACAUCUCGGCCACUGACUUGCUGCUGGGUGAUCCUGAGCAAGUCGCUCCCUCUGUGUGUGUCUAGUCUACUUGGACCUCAAAAUCGCUGGGGCAGGAGUCUCUGUGUUUCUACUGUGUCUAGCACACUGGGGCCCUGAUCACCGUGGGGGGGCCUCUACCUAUCACCAACAUAUAAAUACAAAACUGACCUGGGCCCUCUUCUAAUGCAGAUAACUGCCCCCUGCCUUGCUAAAUGACACUUGCUGAUUCAACUGGACAUAGGAAUGUUCUUUCUUUGCAGCGUAUGUGGUCAGUGUUCUACCCUGUGGGUGGUGGCACAUCGGUAGCAAUUCCUUACCUGUCUCCCAAGUGAUGAAGGGAGGGUCAAUUAAUGACAACAAUGGCACAAAGUGCUUCAAGAUGCUUUGAUGAGAGGGGGUCUGUUCUGCUCUUGCUGCACAAGAGGAAUAAUGGGGCCUAUUUUCAUGAGUGCUAAGCAACCACAAUGACACUUAAAUGGUCAAAGUAGGCUCAGUAUCUCUGAAAAUCAGGCACAUGCGUAUCGCCUUCCGUAGGAGGUUCUAAUUGCUAUAUAAAUAGCAGCAGCACCUUCACAUCACAUCUAGUAGGUAGACGAGUUUAUCCCCAUUUUACAGAUAGGGAAACUGAGGCACAGCGAGGGGAAGUGACAGAGGCAGAAAUAGAAUCCUAGCACCCUGAUUUAGACACUGGACUAGGCUCCCAGCAAGUGUUUUUUUCUAACAUGGAUCAUGCUCCCACUCCCCUGGAAGAAACAAGUUCCUAGAGCGACUCCAGCAGGGCCUCCUGUCUUACAGGCACAUUCUUUUCUUGACUAGCCAACACACAACGCACUAAACACACAGACACUUUGUUCUGUGGAGAAGGCACCAGCCCCUUUGUGGAUCUAACACAAGCCUGCGAGCUGACUUUUAUAAUUCCCUGGCACUGCUCGGUAUUUGCUCAUUGAAAUCUGAGAGGCCUCUGGCAGCCUAGAGACCACAGUGAGGAAUUUCAAUAGUGGUAUCAAAAGAGUGAAGGGGCAAGAUGAAAAAGGAGAGAAACAGAAGGCCCUGACAGAUCCACGGCUUGGUCCUGGCAACCACAAGCUGAGCCCCAUGAAGGGAGAGUAACAGAGUGGGGGGAUGCAGAUGGAAACUUCCUAGCACUGAGCUGCCAGUUUGUACAAUACUCCAAAGAUGCAGAGUGUGAUGAGGCACUGAGUAGCAUUAGGGAAUGCAAAUCAUGGCCAGAGUUCCUGCACUCCAGCCAUCACACCCAUCCACCCCUGGAGGGCCAGAUCUUCACAUUCUCCAUACUGAACCUUUGUCGUGCCCAUUUCCUCCAGGCAGCUGGAACCUGGCAGAGCGCAGCCGGAGCCAAUGCAAGGCUUUGUGCUUAGACUCAUGGUGUGUAGACUUCAGGGCUUCCAUUUAAGUGGCCUGGGAGGUUACCCCCAUGCUGGUGGUCCCUUUGAACCAGAACCAUCAGCUCCUAGGCAGAGCUCCAAAGAGGGGCUCAGCUCACUAUUUCGGCUGAGUCUGAUCUGCUCUCUUUUGGUUGGCAGCUCUGAGGAAAGCUUUGUGAACUCUGCUUGUCUUUAUGAAAGAGAAUGGUGGUUAGAUAACAUCUCAGUCAGAAACUAUUCUGAAGGCCAGGCCAGCCUAAGAUACUAAGGUGCCUAGGUAAUAAGAUAGGUGUCUUAGCUUCAACUGUGAACAAGCUAGAGCAGGGAAGUGGGAGCUAGGACGCUGGGGUUCUGCUCCCAGCUGACUUGAUGUAUGACUUGGGCAAGUCAAAGCCACUCUGUGCCUCAGCUGUAAAAUGGAGACAAGACCCAUCCUAGCUCACGGCCUUUGAAUCUUAAUGUCUGUGAAGUGAUUAGCACCUUCCAUCAGAAUAUUACAGGAGAAACACAAAAACUCCUCUCACCCUUUACUAAAACCCAGUGGACUUUUGGGGAAGAAGGGGGAACUAUGAAUAGCCAUACUGGGUCAGACCAAGGGCCCAUCUAGCUCAGCAUCUGAUCUCACACACAGUGGCCAAUGCUCGAUGCUUCAGAGGGAACGAACAGAACAGAGCAAUUUCAAGUGAUCCAUCCCCCGUAAUCCAGUCCCAACUUCUGGCUAUGGAAGAUCUAGGGCACCUCUGGAGCAUUGGGUUGCAUCCCUGACCAUCUUAGCAAAUAGCCACAGAUGAACCUAUCCUCCAUGAACUUAUCUAGUUCUUUUUUUAAACCAUUUAUAUUUUUGGUCCUCACAACAUCCCCUGGCGAUGAGUUCCACAGGCUGAGUGUGUAUUGUGUGAAGUACUUCCUUAUGCUUGUUUAAAACCUGCUGCCUAUUCAUUUAAUCAGGUGACACCUAGUUCUCAGGAUACCUGAGGGUAACUCUUCCCUAUUCACUUUCUCCAUACCAUUCUUGAUAUUUUAUAGACCUCUAUCACAUCCCCCCUUAAAUGUCUCUUUUCCAAGCCGAACAGCCAUCUUUUUAAUCUCUCCUGGUAUGUUCUAUCCUUCUAAUGAUUUUUGUUGCCCUUCUCUGCAUCUUUUCCAAUUCUAAUUUUUUUUUUGGGGGGGGGGGGGAAUCAGAACAGAAUGCAGUCUUCAAGGUGUAGGCAUACAUUGGAUUUAUAUAGCAGCAUUAGGAUAUUUUCUGUUUUAUUAUCUAUUCCUCUCCUAAUAGGUCCUAACAUUGUUCGCUUUUUUAACUGCUGCUGCACAUUGAGUGGAUGUUUUCAGAA